UCGUGUUAAGUUUUCUGUCGAAAUGACAACUUUAAUAUUAACUAUAAAUUUAUUGGUGUUUACAAUUCAGUGCUCUUCAUAUACCUUAGAUCCUGAGGCUUCUUGGAAAUUGUUCACAUAUGAUAUCGACGGGGUGCAGUAUUCAGAAGAUUCAGAUUACGAAUUAAAAGAUGGCGCGAUCACGUUUGAUGAGGAUCUGGAGGAUCAUGAAAAGUUUUUAAUUAGAAAAAACUUGGUACCGUACUCGGCGAUCGACACAACGCGUUAUAUAAUUUUUAGCAUACCGAGAACAAGACCAGGAAUACCUUUUAGUCUUAAUUAUUACACAUUGGAUUUCUUACAAGCAGGAAGUCCGCUCAUUAAUCCGUAUCCUAGCACAAAGGAGUCCAGAGAAAUAAUUUCCGUAUACGGUUUACAUCAGAGCGGUUGCAGAAGAUUAGUCUGGUUCGUCGAUACUGGUUUCAUUGAUAUACCUGGAGCCAAAAAGCAGGUGAAACCAGCCGAGAUUUUGGCUUAUGCGUCAUUCAACGGGGUGUUUCACAGGUAUAUAAUAGACUCGAAUGUUUUGCAAGAUGGAGUAACAUCAGGCCUUAAGUCCUUAAUUGUGGACUUCAUUUACCCAUGCGAUCUGGCAUAUGUGUACAUCAGCGAUGAAUAUGCAAACACAAUCAUAACGUUUUCUUUGGAAGACAAACGGUUUCAUAAAAUCAACCGUUCUGCUGAGGGUGAAGCGUGGAGUUUUCCUGUACCUUCUUCUAUAGUAAAUUUUGUACAGAACGUUAUAAGAUAUAGGAAUACACCGAAAGAGACUUUUGAACAUUACUAUGCGUUUUUGAAUUCGCAAAGCACUUCUAACGGUGAUUUGGUCCCUACCCAGAAAUCGGAGGUAACACCCUAUAACACCAAUGACGAAACUUAUCCCCAUGGAGUGCUUUUUGAUUGGAACUUCGAUUCUGACAUUCUGAUAUUCUCAAAUAAGAACAGAACGCAUCUGUACUGCUGGAAUAUGAACACCCAAGUUGAUGAGAAGAACGUUGAUCUCAUCGUGGAUGUGACCAGUAAACCUAAUGUCUAUAUUUCGUCCUUCGAAGUACUCGGUUUUCAUUUCAAAAUGCUAUUGAAUAAGGUACGGGGCCCAGAACCGAAUGUUUAUGACGAGAAAGAAAAUAAUUUUGUAUUGUAUGGUGGUAGUUUUAAACAACUUCUUGAAGGCACGAAAUGUGUUAUGGCAAAUAAUUGUACUCACUUCAUAAAAAAGCGACGAGCCUCUCAUCAAUUUUUAUACGCAUACAAGAAUAGUCCAAAAUAUGUUACCGACCAAAUUGCCGAUAGGAUCGAGGCAACCAAGGGGUUAAGGCCAAUUAACUAG